ACGCACAAGGCCCGCGCCGCCGUCGGCCGGCGUCCCCGCGCGGGCGUGGCCAGCGGGCGGUCAUGGCGCGGGUGGCGGGUCCUGCCGAGGUGGUCCGCGCGGCGCAGAAGGACGAGCUGUACCGCGGGGAGCUGCGGGCCGCGGCGGGCGGCGCCCUGCACAGCCUGGCCGGGGCGCGCAGGUGGAUGGAGUGGAGGCGCGAGGUGGAGCUGCUGGCGGACGUCGCCUACUUCGGCCUGACCACCGUGGCAGGCUACCAGACGCUCGGGGAGGAGUACGUGGGCAUCGUGCCCGUGGACCCGUCCCGGCGGCAGGUGCCCUCCCGGUGGCGCCGCGUGGCCCUGGUGCUGCUCCACACCGUGCUGCCCUACCUGCUGGAGAAGGCGCUGCUCCCCCUGGAGCAGGCGCUGCAGGCCGAGGCCGAGGGCCUGCGCGCCCUGCAGGGCAGCCCGGGGCUGGGCGGGCGCAGCCGAGCAGGGCUGUGGCCCUGGGUGCGGCGCCGUGUGGCCGCCCUGCCGGAACCCCAGCGCCGCGGCCUGCAGCGCGCGGCCUUCAUCCUCAGACAGGGCCUGGCCUGCCUGCAGCGGCUGCACCUUGCCUGGUUCUACAUCCACGGCGUCUUCUACCACCUGGCCAAGCGCUUCACGGGCAUCACUUACCUCCAUGCCCGCCGGCUGCACGGGGAGGACCUGCGGGCCCGCACCAGCUACCGCCUGCUGGGGCUCCUCUCACUGCUGCACCUGGCACUCUCUGUGGGGCUGCAGCUGCACGGCUUCCGGCAGAGACAGCACGCCAGGAAGGAGUGGCGGCUGCACCGCCACCUGUCCCACAGGAGUUCUGCAGAAGACAGAGUGGCUUCCCGAAGCCCACUGUGCACCCUGUGCCUGGAGGAGCGCCGCCACGCCACGGCCACGCCCUGUGGCCACCUCUUCUGCUGGGAGUGCAUCACUGAGUGGUGUGACACCAAGACGGAGUGCCCCCUGUGCAGGGAGAAGUUCCCUCCCCAGAAGCUUGUGUACCUGCGCCACUACCGCUGACCCCGCCUGGGACGGUCAGGAGGACGGAGGCAGCCAGGCUCUGCAUGAGCAAAGACCUGCACAGCCUGCACACAGCCACGUCUUCUGUUUGGGUUUUGUCCUAAAAGCAACCCAGGGCGCCCACCCUGCCUGUGGUGCUGUCCUGUGGGCACAGCACAGUCACUUGGGCAGGGACUGCCCAGUCCAGAUAAAGAGGCCAGUACAAACUGCCCUUCGUGUUCAGAGGACUAUCCAGAAUGUCAGGGUACGUGUGGCCUGAGUGUCCGUCAGCACCCAGCAGCUCGAGGACCGAGCCCUGGGGUGGCAGGCAGAGGGUCGCAACCAAGCAAGAGGCAUUGGCACCAGCCCGCCUGCCCAUUGCAUCUACCAGCUGCUCAGAGGAGGGUAGGGCCAGGAAGAAGUGAGUCUGCCACCUUCCGGGGCACACCUGCUCUCCGUGACCUGGCCUCUGGAACAGCUGGAGCCCAGGGCCCAGUGCCCAAGGCCUCAAGUUGCUGGUCCUGGUCUGUUCAACUUGCUGUAGCAUGGGCUGGGCCGCAG